CGCGGGUAUGGUGGCCCGAGUGCUAUCGCUCGUCCCAACAACUAGGACGGCAUCCUUCUAGAAAUAGCCCGGCUGUCCUGCCACAUCCUUUUGCCACUCCCCUCUCCUACUGUUGCCCCUGAGUCCGAGAAGAUGGCUACGGCAAGAUCCACGGCAAGAUGUGCUUCCUAUUUGCGCUUGACGAGCCUUAGCACGAGAUGUUCACAAACGCCUUUGGCAGUGCUCUGGAAGGGUGCUUCAACAGCCCGGCAGAAGUCAACAUGCCUCUUGGCCGUGUCUUCACCGCCAUCAAGGCGGAUUCUGUUGGUUCAAGUUCACGGGAUCCGGAGCAUCUCUUCACGAGCAGGGACGGAUGGACAACCCGGGAAACAUCGGCGGUCAGCCCCUCUCAUACUGGCGGGCGCCUGCGUGACGCUGGCUGUGGUUUUCUAUGCCAGCCGGAAAAGCCCGCUCAAGGCAGAUUCGGCACCGGGGUCAGAGAGCACUACGCCUCCACACCGUUCCAAAAGCUCUGUAUGGAUCACAAUCCGCUCCAGAUAAAUCAUUCUGCAGUCUCUGAGCUGCGACUGACUUCCCAGGCCGACAUCACGCUCAUCCGGGCUGGGCAGCACGAGAUGGGCGACUCCGAGCUGGGCUUCUACGAAAAGGUCGACGCCAGUCCCGAGUCCCUCGCAACCUCCAACCUCCCGGUCGAGCAAGCCGUGCUCACCACGGCACCCUACGUGCCGCCCCCCAUCACGCGCACCCACCCGGCCCUCCUCCAAGUGGACCUGACGACGACCACGAAAGUGACGCAGCUCACCGGCCCGUACAAAUAUGAGCAAUGGACCUUCAACAACACGGUCCCGGGCCCGUUCAUCCGCGCGCGCGUGGGCGACGUGAUCGAGCUGCGGCUGACCAACCACGACCGGACGGGCAACCCGCACAACAUCGACAGCCACGCCUUCACGGGGCCCGGCGGCGGCUCGGCGCUGACCACGGUGGAGGAGAACGACACCAAGACGGCGCGCUUCAAGCUGCUCUGCCCGGGCCUGUUCGUGUACCACUGCGCGGCGGCGCCGGUGCCGGUGCACAUCGCCAACGGCAUGUACGGGCUGAUCUACGUGCAGCCGGAGGACGGCGCGACGGGCGGGCUGCCGCCCGUCGACCACGAGUACUACGUGAUGCAGAGCGAGUUCUACCACGAGCCGCCGGCGCCCGACGCCGAGCCGCCGGGGCUGGUCGAGUUCUCGUACCCGAACGCGCUGCGCGAGGUGCCCUCGGUCGUCGUCUUCAACGGCAGCGAGGCGGCGCUGACGCGCGAGCGCCCGCUCAAGGCCGCCGCCGGCGAGACCGUGCGCGUCUUCUUCGGCAACGCCGGGCCCAACCUCACCAGCUCGUUCCACGUCAUCGGCAGCCACUUUAACCGGUGCUGGCGCGACGGGGACGUGCUGAGUCCGCCGGGCCGGUUUGUCUCGACCGUGAGCGUGCCCCCGGGCGCGGCGACCAUCGUGGAUAUGGAGAUGAUCGUGCCCGGCACCUACGCGCUGGUGGACCACGCCAUCUUUCGGUUGGAUAAGGGCGCCGUCGGGUACUUGAAUGUCUCCGGGAAGCCGCGGGAGGAUGUCUACCAGAGCGUGCUGCCGCCGGAGCCAUGUGCGGGGUGUAAGCUGCAUCCCUGAGUCCUCGUCGACGGCAAAGUCCAGGGCGGAGGAGGCUCUUGAUGGUGACGAAGUGGGAGAAAGGGGUUUCUUGGCGGGUACAAUACGCCAGCGGCUCCCCUAUCGAUUCUCUUGCCGAUAUGAAAGUGAUUGAGGCCAACGUCAUGGGCGUCAGGUCUUCGUUCGAAUCAAUGGCCACCAAUAUGAAGCAUGAACUAAUUUUCAACUCCCGAGCAGAAUGCAUAUUGAAGCAAGGACAUCAUCGUUAUUCAUGUCAAGUACAUACAACUUCAUAAGAACUAUAUACAGAAGAAUCCAAAUCGUCAUCAGAAUAGCGUACGUUGACCACUUGCUUGGGCCACCUCCCAUUCAACCCUACAUCCCAUCCCACCGCCGCACCCAAACA